AUGAAGGGAAGGCGGAACGGCGCGAAGGGGAACGCGACGCUCCCCCGCGGCGAGGCUCCCGGGGGCUCCGACGUCGACUCCCCGCCGGCGCACUCCGGAGGGAACGCCAACCCAGGGGCCUCCCGCAGAGCCCAGCCCGUCCAGCGAAGCCCCCGUCAGCCGCGGGAGAACAGCCUCGGCGCGGCGAACACCUGGCGGAGAGAAGCCCGCCGCCAGAUGACCCGCCCGACGGCGCGAGGAAGAGCGGCUCCCGCCCGCCGCGAGGACCUCCGCGCGCCGACGCUGAGAGGACUCAGAGCAGAGAGGACUCGGCCGCACGGAGGACUCGCUGGCACACGGGACGGCGCCGGGAAGGGGGAGGCAUCGAGGUGGACGCGGGAUGCCCCUACGGCUGCGUCCGGUGCUCGGCCCUCAAACGGGUGCCUGGCCUGCAAGCCGCCCUUCUACCUUCUCCUGCGCAGGGACGGGGCGCGGCAGACGGCCUCCUGCACGAGAGCCUGUCCCAGGGGCUUCUACAAGGUGACCAAGAAGAGGAACGGAUUCUGCGCCAAGUGCACGAUGAGGGGCUGCGCCGAGUGCGACCGCCACCACUACUGCUCCAGAUGCGCCGCCGACUUCGUCAACUUCUUCGGGAAGUGCAUCCCCAGCCACCCAGAGAACGCCCUUGAAACGCCUUACCCGAGGAAGACGAUCUAUUCCCCGCCCGCGAUCCUCGAGACCUCGGGGACGCCUCCGAGUGCGAGAGGGACGCGGCCUUCGCACAGAACCGCUGGCUCCUCGAGGACGACCUCAGCCCCGUCAGCUGGUCCUCCCAGAGCUCCCUCGGCCGGUCCCAGGAGACCUCCCUCUUCUAGGACGUCCUCCUCGGCCCCGCCCUCCUCUGGGCCGCCCUCCUCGCCGCCCGCCCUGGUCAACCACUCGAGGCCCUCCCCGGCGGUGCGGGUGAGGCCUCGCCGCCCGCAGGAGAAGCGGCCCUGCAGGAAGAAGGCCGCCAAGAAGGGCAAGGCAGACAAGGACGGGGAGAGGAGAAGGAACUGGAAGGGGAGGAAGAAGGAGAGGCAGAACAAGAGCAAGAAGGGCCAGAAGGCCAAGAGAAAGGGCUGUCGGAAGCGCAUGAAGGGAAGGCGGAACGGCGCGAAGGGGAACGCGACGCUCCCCCGCGGCGAAGGCUCCCCCGCUCCGACGUCGACUCCCCCCCCGCCACUCCGGAGGGAACGCCAACCCAGGGGCCUCCCGCAGAGCCCAGCCCGUCCAGCGAAGCCCCCGUCAGCCGCGGAGAACAGCCUCGGCGCGGCGAACACCUGGCGGAGAGAAGCCCGCCGCCAGAUGACCCGCCCGACGGCGCGAGGAAGAGCGGCCUCCCGCCCGCCGCCGAAGGCCUCCGCGCGCCGACGCUGAGAGGACUCAGAGCAGAGAGGACUCGGCCGCACGGAGGACUCGCUGGGCACACGGGGACGGCGCCGGGCAAGGGGGGAGGCCGCGCGACGCAUGCGGCGAGCGCUGGGCACCGGUGGCAGGGGCUGGACGCCGACACGAGGCAACGGGCGCGGGCCAGGCCGUCCGCCUCUGGAGGGACGCCCAAACUGCCGUCCAGGCACAAGAGGCGCCACAAGCACGCCCCGAGAAGACGCAUCCUCCCGGCGACACGAGCGAAGGCGAGGGCACACGCAUCCUCGGUACAAACAUAAACCUGCUAAACAGAAAAAGGAAAAGAGAAAAAAGAAAACACAAAUAUAUAUAUAUUCGCUGGGUCCCACCCCGGGUGUGCGUGGGAGGCGCAGACCCACAGGCUUUCUGCUUUCAACAUUCUCUUAAACUUUUCUCCCGUUAUAUCCUAAAGCUUGACUGACACCUUGGACUCCGCUCUACGAGGGAAGCUUCGUCGGGUGAAAAAGGGAAGAAAAAAACCUUUUGGGGAAACUGCCUGGUUUCGAUUUCCAAACUAAUCGCAGCGGCUGACCCUUCCCGUAGUGCCUGCGUCCAACUCUGCUGUAUCUUCAGAAUCUAAAGAAAUAAAGAUUACACUAUGUUUUUA